AUGGUGAAAAAUUUCAUAUAUCUGGCAGCCCAUAGAGGAUAUGUGCUCACUCUAUACCGUCAUACUUUGAGGAAUGCCUCGGCUAAUUGUUCAUCCAUUCAUCUACGAAGUCGACUUAGAAAGGUUGUGAAGGAUGUACUAUUUAAACAUAGGUUCGAUAAGUCCAGCUGGAGCGUUCAUCGACUUCUGGAACAAAUGGUUAAAUUAAAUGAAUACUUGAAGAUGGGAGAAAUGAAACAAGUGUGGUCUUUGCUGACUCCAUACACUAAGCAAAAGAAGCCCAUUAAAGAUUCACCUGUGACUAAAGAGCUAAAGUUACUUUCUGUCAAAGAAUGCAAUAAUAAUGAUCAAAGCCCGACCGAACAGAGAGAGAUGCAAAUAUUGGGUGAAUAUAUCAAACGAAAUCAACGGCGCGGUAGGUUACCUCAUCACAUAUCAAAUGAAUACAAAUUAAAAUUACUGCUGCCUUUGGCUUUACAUGAGAGAGACGUACUAAAGUUGAGCAGAAUCCAGCAUCAGCUUUCUAAGGGCCCUCCAAAAAGCACGUUGACCUUUACAUCAGCUGGCUCUGGUAGGAUUUGGUUUGUGCGAUCUGCAGUCAAUAAGGCUAAGAAUCAGUCCAAAGCUUUAGGGGUCUUCAUACGCCAGGAGAAGAAGCGGGCUCAAAAACGAUUAAAUGGUUGGGAAGCAUGUAGGGCCAAUGCCAAUUGGGCUUUACACGAAGCUAUUUGGGAACAAGCGCUCGAAGACGGUACAUUAUUGAAGUUCUCACCCGAAGAAUACUUGCAUAUCCUAAGCGGAUCGUUGGAAGAUGAUAAAACGCCUGUCAAAAGGAAGGCAGGAAAGAGCUGUCCCCCAAAGGUAUUCGAAUGGCUGAAUCCCAUUAACGAAGUCAUGGCAUCUCUUAGGAAGAAAAAUUCAGAUGCGUCUCUCUCUUAUAGAAUGCACAGGGAAGAAAAUCUGCUAAAUAAUGGAGAGUUUGAUUAUUAUCAAACCCAAAAUCAAAAAGUCUACACCAACAGGGUCAAGAGGUUUGAAAAUUUAGUCAAGACCAAGCUUCCUUACGUUGUACCGUUUAUACCUGGCCGUGACUUGCGUACUAUUCUCGCUAAAUAUCGUCUCUGA